AGUUGGAUUAAGAAGACCUUGACUUCCAAAGCAAUAAACUUUGUUUAAAUUCGAUUAACUUAUUAGCCUGGAAAUCACGAACCUAUACUAUUACCAAAACAUACAGAAAUAAGCUCAAAGAUGGCCUCACCUGUUUGUUUCACUACCUUUGUCCUUUCUUAUGUUUUGAUUUCUUUCGUGGUUGCCAUUGUUCCAACUUUGGGUACUGAUUCAACCAGAUUGGACACAAUAUCCUCGCUAGAAAUGGAAGCCGAAGCUCUCCUCCGUACUGGUUGGUGGAGUUGGCACAGCAAUGACACUUCGAAACGUUGCACCUGGCCAGGUAUUUUAUGUGAUAAUGCUAGAAGCAUCACAAGAAUUUAUCUUUAUCACAAUUAUCUAACGGGUCAGCUACCUCAAUCCCUUGGAAAACUUACACGUUUAAAAGAACUGAACCUUUCUGGUAACUCUUUUGAAGGUUCUAUCCCCCUAGAUUGGGGAAACUUGAAGAGUUUGAAACAGUUGGACCUAUCCAAUAACCAAAUUCUUGGUCCCAUUCCUUCUACCUUGGGCAACUUAACCACUUUAAAAAUGUUGAACCUAUCCAAAAACCAAAUUAGUGGUCGUAUCCCUUCUACCUUAGGCAAAUUAACCAAUUUAAAACAGUUGGACUUAUCCUUCAAUCAAAUCACUGGGGCAAUUCCUCCAACUUUGGGUCGCUUAACCAAUUUGAAAUUUUUGUACUUCACUUCCAACCAAAUUAGUGGUUUCAUUCCAUCUGAAUUACAAAACAUGAAGAGUUUGGUUAAACUAUAUCUCAAUGAAAACAUGCUAGAAGGCCCUAUCCUUUAUGAAAUUGGAAACAUGAAGAAUUUGGUUGCAUUGGAUCUAAGUAAAAACAGGCUCAGUGGUUUGAUCCAUUCAUCAAUAUCUUCUUUGUCUAGAUUGAGAUAUUUGUACCUUGAUUCGAAUGUUUUAGAAGGUCCCUUACCACAAGUAGUGGAGAAUUUGAAAGAUUUAAGAUGCCUUAACCUCUCCAAUAACAAAUUGAUUGGACCUAUUCCAUCUCAAAUUGGGGAUUGCUCAAUUUUACAAGAAUUGUCUUUGAGUAACAAUCAAAUAAUUGGAAGCAUUCCCUUUGAAGUUUUAGUCUGUCCAUUUCAUAUUCUUGAUCUAAGACAUAACUUCAUCGAGGGAGAAAUACCACAUCAAUUUGGUAUCAUGGUUAACAUAAGCAUUUUGGAUCUUAGCCACAACAAGCUAAGGGGCAUGAUUCCUAAAUCCUUAACGCCAAAGGAAAAGGUCAAUUUGUCCUAUAACUUUCUGGAGGGUCCUAUUCCACAUUACUUGAGUGGUUUUCCCCCUGACUCAUUUCGGGGAAACAAGCACUUAUGUGGAAAGAUACCAGGUUUCUUUCUUUGCCCUUCUACACCAGGCAACAAGCCUUAUUGUCUAUGGGUUUUCUUCUUUACUUAA